AUGUCUAUCGAAAACUUGAAAUCCUUUGACCCUUUCGCCGACACUGGUGAUGACGAGACUGCUACUUCAAACUAUAUUCAUAUUAGAAUCCAACAAAGAAACGGUAGAAAAACUCUGACCACCGUCCAAGGUGUGCCUGAGGAGUACGAUCUGAAGAGAAUCUUGAAAGUUCUGAAGAAAGACUUCGCCUGUAACGGUAACAUCGUCAAGGACUCAGAAAUGGGUGAAAUCAUUCAACUACAAGGUGAUCAAAGAGCAAAAGUCUGCGAGUUUAUGAUCACUCAACUAGGAAUGCAAAAGAAGAAUAUCAAGAUUCAUGGUUUCUAA